AUGCGCCUACUCGUCUUACCAGCUGUUGAAUGGCCAUUCGGAGAAGUGUUCUAUCCUAUUUUAAUGCUCCUUCCAACUAUUGUUCUUAUUAUGUAUAUUAUUUUUUGGUGUAUUUGGUUCUUCCGAAGUAAAGAAACGCCACAAGGUCAAAUGAUGCUGGUGACUCCUGUCAUUGCAACUUCUGCAAGUGGAAAACCACUUCCGGCGCUUGUCUAUCCGUGCACUCCUGUCAGCAACAUUGCACCACCUCUGCGUGAAGAAUCGGAAAAUUCUAAAAGUUCAAAAAGCCAGAAAUCAAACGUGUUAAGGCAAGAUCAGGCAAACUUCCAGAAAUUCCAUGGAUCCGCAAUGUAUACAGUUUAA